GAGAGGCAUUGGAUGUCGAAGGUAUAAGAGUCAUGAUAGAUUUUAGAGACCAGAGAAAACAUCAACAAUUUUACAUCAAUCACAAUGUUGUCACUAGCUGCUCCUGUAGUAUUCCUCUAUCUUCUUUACACUCUAAUUUCCACUAUCCGGGUUCUUUACUAUCAUUCUCUCAGCCGUAUCCCCGGUCCGAAACUGUGGAUCGCUUUCCCAAUAUUUCGUUACAUCUCGAUGAUUCAAGGGAAGCAAGAUAUCGUUAUUCGAGCUCUCCACCAAAAGUAUGGCGAGGUCGUUCGGAUUGGGCCAAAUGAGGCCUCAUUCAUCACCACUCAAGCCUGGCGAGACAUUUAUGGCCACGGCCAUAAGCAGCUGCCUAAGUUACACAACUCGGCUUCAAACCAUUUAGAUAUCAUUAGCUCCAACGACAUUGACCACUCUCGAUUGCGCAAAGCUAUGUCUCAUGCGUUCUCUGCAAAAGGGCUUCAAACGCAAGAGCCAGUGUUGCACAGUUACGUGGAUAAACUUAUCAGUAAACUGGAACACGAAGCGAAAUCUCGCUCGCCUGUAGAUAUGGUCAAGUGGUAUAAUCUCACCACAUUUGAUCUAAUUGGCGAUCUUACCUUUGGUCAGUCUUUUGGCGGGCUCGAGAACUCACGAUAUCACUUUUGGGUCUCAACAAUUUUCGAUUCCGUACGCGUAAUACCGUUCAUCAAAGUCAAGGACAUCUACCCAAUGUUCUUCCAGUUGAUCAAACCUUUUAUGUCCAAAGAUUUAGCAAACGCACGCCAAAGACAAGAUAAAUACACGGAAACAGUUGUGGAAAAGAGGCUUACAAACCAUGAGCCCUCCGGCGUUGUAGACUUCAUGGAUUCCAUGACUCGACAUCGCGGUGAGAAAGAGGGGCUAAGUGACGAAGAACUAGCAGCAAAUUCCAGUAUUCUUGUUAUUGCUGGCAGUGAGACUACCGCCACUUUGCUGUCCGGUGUGACCUUCUUCCUUUUGAAGAACCCGGUGGCGAUGAAAAGGUUGACGGAUGAAGUGCGAUCGGUCAUGCAAUCUGAAGAAGAUAUCACUUUUGCGAAUGCGUCUGCGAAUCUCCCGUAUAUGUUAGCCUGUCUUGAAGAGGCCCUUCGAAUGUAUCCCCCGGUCCCUACUGGAUUGCAGCGAGUUACAAAUUCUACCACAACUAUUUCGGGCUGUGAGGUUCCUGCAAACACGAUAGUAUCUGUUCAUCAUCUCGCGGCGUAUUAUUCUUCUCUCAAUUUUCACAAGCCCGAGUGCUUUAUCCCAGAGCGCUGGCUUCCAGAAGCAAAGAGCGACACGCUAUCGCCUUUCUUCAACGAUAAUCGCGAUGUUUUGCAGCCAUUCUCUUUCGGACCACGUAACUGCAUUGGCAAAAAUCUAGCUUAUAACGAGAUGCGCGUCAUCUUGGCUCGCACAAUCUGGAAAUUCGAUCUCGAAUUAUGUCCCGAAUCUCAGGGGUGGGAUAAUCAGAAAACAUUCAUUCUGUGGGAAAAGCCGAAGCUUAUGUGCAAGUUGACACCGAGGGCACAUUGAGAAGUUCUUCAUAAUGUUGUACCAUUUCUUUUCAUCGGGUCAAAGUCAAGAGAAUAAAUGACUCAUGACUUCCUAAUGUCACAGCCCACAGACAGUCUAUCCCGUUCUAUUCUCAAAGUUUCAUAACUCUCCUGACCUUUCUAUCAUCGAGAAUUGCUAGCAGUCAAUUUUUAACUAUUACUUCAAAGAUUUUUUUGUUUUUACCGCCUGUGGUGACCUAUUUCAACGAAGGUGUAAUGAUCUAACCAAAUAUUUCGAAGACGUCACUACUGUUUCUUAGUAUAAGAUUUGAUGUUUUGAGGAAUUUUCUUGGACGACAGCAACCAUCCAUUGUUGUUAAGCUGAAUAUUUUUUGACGCCAAAAUUCACCCUUUUCUGUAAACGACUAUCAACAAAUUGAAUUCA